AAUUUGACGUUUCAGAUCUGCCAACUUGACGCUAAAAUAAAAAGCAUUUCUUCCUUUCCUAAAAAAUCGUGUCUGUGUUAAAGACGUGUUUAAAUACUUUUUAAGUGUUUUAACAGAACAUCCACAAAAUGUCUGGUACCACCGCAACUAUUCGCACCCGCAAGUUCAUGACCAAUCGGCUAUUAGCUCGUAAACAAAUGGUUUGCGAUGUUCUGCAUCCUGGAUUGGCUUCAGUCAACAAAAAGGACAUCCGCGAGAAAUUGGCUGCUAUGUACAAAGUAACUCCCGAUGUCUGCUUCGUUUUCGGUUUUCGUACCAAUUUUGGUGGUGGCCGUUCAACUGGGUUCGCGCUUAUUUACGAUACUUUGGAUUAUGCAAAGAAAUUUGAACCUAAGUACCGUUUGGCUCGUCAUGGACUAUUCGAACAGAAGAAGCAGACCCGUAAACAACGCAAGGAACGCCGCAACAGAAUGAAAAAGGUGCGUGGUACUGCGAAAUCCAAGAUUGGAUCCGGCAAAAAGUAAAUGCUCCACGAAAGUAAAAAUUAGAGUAAAUGUUUAUAUUCUGACAUUCUUCAAUAUUUGUUGGUGUAUUAAACUUUUUUAAAAUACAAAGUAAAAAUAAAAUUAAUUUUUAUUUUGAA